AAAAGCCAUGCUCUUGCUAAAGAAGAAGCGUUACCAAGAGCAACUUCUAGAUAAAACAGAAAACCAAAUCAGCAACUUGGAGCGGAUGGUCCAGGAUAUUGAAUUCACCCAGAUUGAAAUGAAGGUCAUUGAGGGUCUGAAAAUAGGCAAUGAAUGUCUGAACAAAAUGCACCAGGUUAUGUCAAUAGAAGAAGUAGAAAGAAUAAUAGGUGAAACCCAAGAUGCUGUGGAGUACCAGAGGCAAAUAGAUGAGAUACUGGCUGGCAGCCUGACUGAGGAAGAUGAAGAUGCCAUUUUAGAAGAAUUAAACACUAUUACUCAGGAACAGAUGGAGCUUCCAGAAGUUCCUUCUGAGCCACUCCCAGAAAAGAUCCCAGAAGCGUCACCCGUGAAGAACAGGCCAAAACCAGAACUGGUGGCAGCAUCUUAACUCCCACUUCUGGGGAUUCCCCCACAUAACUUUCACCCAGGACAGUUUGCCAUCCCAGCGUGUGCUGGGAACAAGCAAUGCCUUGGCAGCAUCCCAGCUGUGCUGGGCGGAUUGAGGAGCAGGAUUCCCUGUGCAGCUGAUUAUUGCUCUUGUAUCAAGAUUAUUUUCUAGUGCUUUCUUUUUUUGUAACUUAAAUUCUAAACUCACUCAGCUGCGCUGUCUCGGGAUUAAACAACAACUCUAAA